UCUGUUGAACGUCCCCCCCCCGUGUGCGUAACGACGUGCUGACGUAAGACGUAUGAACAACAAACAGUUGUUGGACUUCAACAAGCUAGCGAACGGUAGACAAAAAACAGGUUCAACGUACUUCUCCUCCUGGAUACAGAGACUACUCAACGAAAACCCGGGAACAUCUUUAUAAUCUCGUAAUAAUAACUAGCACAGACAGGUGUAGUAUCUUCGUCUGGGUCUCCUCUAAAGCCAGAGCUAACAUUAGCCACAUAAACAUGCUCAUCGCUCGGAGUGUGACGCCUGUUUUUUCUCUGUCUGCUGCUGCCUGAGAGGUUUGAUGCGAGGAGCCGAGCAGCACGACAACACAGGCUGAGAGACAACAGCCACAGCCGGACACAUAUCUGUCUUCUUGACGCAGAAGAAUGGACUUUGUCGGGGAGAAACGUAAAGAAGCGGGCAUGCGACCGUACACCGGCCUGGACGUCGUUGUUGUUGGGCAACAACUUUAGCAAGAUAGCUCACAUUCAGCUCAUGCAAAUGAAUCGGUUUGGUGUCAGCUCUCUGCUAGCUUAGUACUAGUAAUGGAGGAGUGACUUUGUUCAUUUCUGCUGGUCUGUCCUGGUCCUCUUUAAUACCUUGGCUGCUGGCAAUGUGCUGAAGAACCAGGGGAGCAUUUUAGUCAGUUCACACUUGGAUUAAUAGGACACAGACAUUAUUAAGUGGUGGUUGCCUGUCUGGGUUGAUAGGUGAACAAAGUUGGCAUAUAAAUAAUUACUGAAACAGUUAUCUAUUUCACAGAGGCAUCACAAAUUUCUUGAUAUUUGUGUGUGAAAUUGCUUUUUUUUUUAUUUUAAGGAUGCACCAAAGUCAUCUGUGAUUUGUGAAAACCAUUCAAAUCAGUAAAACAAACUUAAAGGUAUAUAUAGGUAUCAUUUUUCUGAUUGCACUUGAUUAUAAUUUGGUAAAUAAAGGACCAGGAUAAGUGCACAUUUACGUAUAUUGUUGUGAGACAAAAGGCCAGAGACAGGCUUAUCCAUGUCAGUUGGUUCCUAGUUACUGUUUAACCCAACAUCUAUAGGCUGUCUGGCACAGUUAAAAGACUUGAGUUUCACUGGAAAUGAAAACAUGAAUAUCGAAGAGCAGUGUCUAGAUUUGUGCAAUGUCAAGACAAAAACCAGCAGUGUGGAUGAUGAUCACAACACUACCAACAACACAGAGGGGGUCACCCCCCGGAUCUCUGAACUGAUGACGGACAGUAACACAGAGAAACAAAACAUUGUUCCCACAGAGGCCUCUGAAACCUACCUGAUGCCUCAGCUCACUGACAACCUCCAGGCAGCUGAGGAGGACAACCACCAGGCACAAGACACACUGGAAAUUGAUGAGGUGAAUGGAAAUAGAAAGAGCACUGCUCAAGACACCCCUACGGUAGUGAAUCCCACUGACUUGAUCUUUUCUAAUGAUGAGCAGCACAAGGACGAUAUUGGGGUGGAGAAAAUGAAGGAGGAUAAGGACACUGAUCCUGCAACGUUUGUUGUGGAAGAAGAGGAUGAUGGUGGGGACAUGGACAUAGGUGUGGAUCUGAGUCUUGAUGAGAGUGGGGUGUUGGAGGCUGAGGCGACAAAUGUCAGACCACUCUCAGACAAUACUUUAGAGUCAGAGUCCACGUCUCAGGAUGUCCCAGCUUGCAGCACUGCAGAGAACCCAUCAGAUGCAAGCCAGACCAGCAGCACAGAAGCUCCUGCCACAGACCAGGCUGGACUAUACCCUUCGGUCGAGGAGGGCGACGAUAAACAAAAAACAAGUGGCAAAAAGGUGACGUUUCCCUCAGAUGAGGAUAUUAUCUCUGGAGCAGUGGAGCCCAAGGACCCCUGGAGACAUGCUCAGAAUGUGACGGUGGAGGAGAUCCUCUCUUCCUACAAACAAGCCUGUCAGAAACUCAACUGUAAACCCAUACCCAAAGUGCUCAAACAAAUACAGGAACUGAAAGACCUGACUCUGCGAAAUGAAUGCUUAGAUCUAAAAGGUGAGAAGCUGGACUACAAAGCAUGUGAGUCUCUGGAAGAGAUUUUGAAGAGGGUCCAGUUUAAAGUGAUAGACCUGGAGCAGACCAACCUGGAUGAAGAUGGUGCCUCGGCUCUGUUUGACAUGAUCGAGUACUAUGAGUCAGCCACACACCUCAACAUCUCCUUCAACAAGCAUAUUGGCACACGGGGAUGGCAGGCCGCCGCUCACAUGAUGAGAAAGACGAGCUCUCUGCAGUAUCUCGAUGCACGUAAUACUCCUCUGCUGGACCACUCGGCUCCCUUUGUAGCACGAGCACUCAGGAUCAGUGGCAGCCUGGCAGUCCUCCACCUGGAGAACGCUGGUCUGUCUGGCAGGCCGCUCAUGUUACUGGCUACGGCUCUGAAGAUGAAUAUGAACCUGCGGGAGUUGUACCUGGCAGACAACAAGCUCAAUGGCCUGCAGGACUCGGCCCAACUUGGCAACUUGCUCAAGUUCAACUACAACAUUCAGAUCCUGGACCUACGCAACAACCACAUCCUCGACUCUGGUCUGGCCUACGUGUGCGAAGGUCUAAAAGAGCAGAGGAAAGGCCUCGUCACUUUGGUGCUAUGGAACAACCAGCUCACACACAAUGGCAUGGGCUACCUCGCUGCUGCACUGCCAUGCACCCAGAGUCUGGAGACUCUGAACCUCGGCCAUAACUCUGUGGGUAACGAAGGGGUCCACAAGCUGAAAGACGGACUGAUUUCCAACCGCUCUGUGCUCAGACUGGGCCUCGCGUCCACCAAACUGUCCUGCGAAGGAGCUGUGGCUGUGGCUGAAUUCAUCGCUGAGAGCCCCAGACUGCUGCGUCUGGACCUUCGAGAGAAUGAGAUCAAGACAGGUGGACUAAUGGCGCUGUCGCUCGCCCUAAAAGUCAACACCUCUCUGCUGCGUCUCGACCUUGACCGGGAGCCCAAGAAAGAAACUGUGAAGAGCUUCAUUGAGACCCAGCGCGCCCUGCUGGCUGAGAUUCAGAAUGGCUGCAAGAGGAACUUCAUCCUGGCUAAAGAGAAGGAGGAAACCGAGCAGAUGAUGAGGCAGUCGGCAUCCAUGGCUGAAAUCGCCACAGAGGACGGGACCACAGAAGAAGAGCAAGAAGUACCAGCAACAGAGGAGAGAAAGGACAAAGAGGGGAAAGAGGGAGAAGAAAAAGGUGAAACAACAGGAAAUGAAGGACAGACAAGCAGCCAGCCUGGAGAGAGCACUGAGACAAGCAUUCCUCAAAUGAUCCUGGAGUCGGACUCGGACACUGAGGAUGAGGAGGAAGAAGAGGUGGUAACAAAGUCAUCUUCCACGUCAAAAUCCUCCACUCGCUUAAACCAGACUCCUCCUCAAACCCAAACAGGGGUUGCAAAGCCCCUCCUCAGUGCCUCAUGUACGUCCUCACUCCCGUCUGCCUCACCUGCUGGCGGACACCUGAGUGUCGUUUCCGGCAUCACCGUCACAGAAUCCACAGUUCCUCCCGGCACCCCUCCAUCACCUGGUCGCUGUAUAUCUGUCUCUAGUCCAGGGAGAGGUCACAAGAUCUUCAUGGUAACUCGGGUGGAGAGCCCCCCUGAGCAGCAACAGCAGCAGCAGCAGCUCCAACUCCAGAAGAGAGCGCCUGCAGCUCCCAGACAGGCUAAAGAGGCCUCAAAGAAGCCUGUUGAGGAGAACACACCCACGACACAGCAGACACGGCCACCUCCCUCAUCUCAAACAGCUACACAAACACAACCGCUACAGGACGACGUGUUUGAGAGCUCACCUGCUCCGUCAACAGACUGUAAACUCACAGAGCCGAGUCCUGUAGCACACUUAGAGUCCGCACUAAACACUAUAGAGCCACAGUCUACAAGUCAACCCACUGAGGAUGUGACGGCUAGCACUUUAGAUCCAGAUGUGACAGAUCCAAGUCAGCAAGCACCAGCCCUGCCUUCAUAUUCCUCAUCAUUGCUGGCUGCAGCAUUUCAGCUCACUGAGGAGGAAAUAAAGAGCGUUAAAAACCCCCAACCUGAGCCCAGCUGUGUAGAAGGAAAGAAGGAGGGAGAGGAGGAUGAAGGUCAUAUAGAAGAUGAGAGACAGGUGAGCACAGAAGGAGAGUGUAAACUGUUAGAUGAACUAAGUCAAAGCCAGACUAGUAUUCCUGCAGUACAAACGCAGCAGCAGCAGCCGUUAACAUCCGUUAUUGAACAGCUACAGGACGAACUAGCAUCUGCAUCAGAGGAGAACCAGUCGCUCAACCAAACAGAGGAAGAAGAAGAAGAAGAAGAAGAAGAGGAGCCACUUCCACUACAAGGGAAGCAGGAAGCACCAGCCGACUUGUCAGAAAAUGAAAAACCCAGUUUAACAGAGAAAGAGGACAGCCCGCCAACCGAAGAGGAACCAUGUCCAAAGCAGCAAACGGAGGCAGAUGAACAGGCAGUAGAUCCUGUUCUCUCUGUCCAGACUAAUCAACAGGAACCAUCUGACACUCAAAGCGGAGCUCAGGAGUUAAAUCCUGGAGCAGGAGAAGCCUCAGAGAGUCCCGAAACUGCCACGACUGAGUCUGUCUUCGCAGUCAAAGACGAGGAUUCACCCGAUGAGAGCUCUUCAGACGAUGAUGAGUGUUUUGCCGAGGCUUCGGAGGAGCUAGUCGGUUCAGCUCUACCCAACGGCCUAAAGCCUGAGUUCUCCCUCCAUCUUCUCGACACUGAAAGCCCCAAGCCCGGCAGCUGUGUGAUGGAGCACGUGAGUGUCAGCUGUGGACAAGACCUGGAGGAGCUGCUGCUAGAAGCCAGUUUGGAGACGGGGAGAGACGCGCCAUGAGGUUGUGAGGGACGAUGAGGACAGGAGAAAAACUCAGCACUCAGAUAGUUUGUCUGGCUCUACUACGUGACUGGUUGCCCUACAAUGUUUUUGCCGUUUCUUUGACUUUACCACCAACACAACCUUUCCAUAAAGGACAGAAGACCUGGUGUUACAGUCGAACGCUCUAUACAUGAACAUACAAGCAAUGGAAAGACUAAAUCAACUUCUGGAGCUUUGCUGUGACAAAUAAGGAACUCCUCUACAUCCACACUACACCAACCACUGAAACACACAUACAUAUGCACAUUAUGAGGAAAACGGGGGGUUAAAACAGAAAUAAAAUCACCAUGUUAUCACUACAUUUUGUCAAUCUGCAAUCUUUACACACAAGCAGCCGCCUGUGAGUGAGAAGUAAUAAGAGAGCUGGGGGAUGAAACACUAACCAAAGACAGAACACAGACCUUUCUCACAGCCCUCCUGUUGCUCUCUUGUGUAGAUUUCCACUGUAGUUAUGGGGGAAAUAUCUAGCAGUUAAAGAUUUUUUUUCAUAAAACAUACACAUACCAGUGAUACAUGAGAAAAGUGGGAUUAAUGGCACAGUCACAAGACAAAAAUAACGGUGACGGACUCUGCUGAGCGGACCUGCUGGCUUUAAACACUUGUUCUAGAGGUGGAAGUAGGUCACUGUCAAAGGCUUUUAUAUCCAAGGAAGCUGAAGAUGUUAACGUGUCUGUUUAAAUGUCAAAUGUUUUAUGUCUGUGUCCCCACCCCCCGACCAUUUCUCCCCCUUCGGGGAAAAAAAAAAAAGCAACUCUUAAGGGACCUCUGCCAAAGUGACCUCCCUCUUUGUCUGUUUUCUCAUCCUCUGCUCACUUUGGCCCCUCAGGAAUCAGCGUCCCCCUCCGGUCAGUCUCCUCAGAUCUGAUGUGGAGGAGCUGCAAACUGUCUCUCCGCCUGCCUCCGCUACAACAACAAAAAAAACUCUUUUUUGAAAGUGACAAAUUGCUCCCAGCUGAAAAAACCCAGAACUUCUGCGAAUGUCGGAAAGCAAGAUGUCUGCUUUUGGUUGAGUUAUUUACAUCCUUUUUUUUUUUUUUUUUUUCAUGAUUCACUGCAUCUUUCAGACACUUAUUAUCGCUUCGUUCGACCAGUCAUUUGUUGUGUUAAACUCUCUCAAGAAAAGCAGCUCGGUCUCUGUCGUCAUCUUCCUGUCUUCCACUGGUACUUUGUGCCAUUUCACCGCUCCAGCUCAUCAUUCAUGUUGCCUUCAAAACUCACCACUUCAGAUUCAGUCGUCAUUUUUUUUGUUUGGGCUGCUUUAGAGAAAUCAGUUAUUUUCUAUUUAUUUUAUAGCUAUAUGAGACUUUUCUGAUUUAUUUUUUUCCUUUUUCUUCUUCACCCCCCAUCCUCAUUUUAUCUUUUUUUUUUUCAUUUUUUGGGGUUGCUUUUAAAGAUUAACCCCAUUUUUUUAUGUAUAUUUCAGAUUCAAACUAGAGCAAAUAUUUAGAUUUUGUUUUUUUGGGGGGAGGGAAGGGUAAUCUGUGUUGGAAGGAAAGGUUAAUAUGAUUGAAUGGUUGACGAUGGUAGCAGUCGGGGUGCAGUAAUACAAGCAAACACAAGGGAGCAGCAAACAUAUUAGUUCUCAUCAAAGUCCUUGUUGUUUUAACACUACUCUGCUGGGUGAAGCUGUGGCCACACGGGAGCGCUAGUGGUUGUGUUGUUUUCCCACAGAGGAGACAGAAGUAAAAAACUCUGAACAUCAUAUACCACACACUGCAGGCGCUGAUGACCAUCCUGUCCUGAAACUUCCAGAGCAAGGACUUUAGCAAGCACCUUUACAUGAAAAGUCAGCUUCAUGUAUGUCCGUGACGAGAGCUGCUUUGAAUUAUUUCCUGAAGCAGUUGCAGGCAGGUGUGUUUGUUUUUUUCUUUCCUCUCAAAAGGAGCAGCAUUCGACCCUCAUGCUCCUCUCCACCCAACAGAUAGUUUGCCCCCACUGUUUGUUAUGCUUUAAUUUUUAGAAAAUUUUAAUAAUUUGUUAACUUAAUUGAAAUGUGCUGGUAAUCACAAAGAUAUGUAUGGCGAAAUUUGUUCCUCUCAAAUAAAUGCAUGUAAUGACUAAAUGAUA